AUGGCGAGGGCGCGCGGCGCGCGCGGCGAGGGCGCGGUGGUGACGCUGGACGUGGACGCGUUCGAGACGCUGGCGACGCGCUCGCGCGAGCCGUGGGUGGUGUCGUUCACGGGGAGCUCGGAGAAGUGCGCGAUCUGCGGGGAGGUGUCGCGCGAGUUCGAGAAGGCGGCGAGGGGGGCGGGGGAGAAAUUGAGGGUGAAUUUCGGGAGCCUGGACGUGACGAGGGAGGGGGUCGAUCUCGAGCGGUUGGGGAGGCUGACGCGGUUGACGACGAUUCCCGCGGUGAGCGCGUACCCGACGUUCGCGACGUUGAAUCCGUACGACGCGCGGCGGUCGGCGAAAAUGCCGGUGAAUUAUCCGAUUUCGCGAGAAGACGGUCAGGUUGGGGACGUGCGGGCGAAGGCGUUCGCGGCGUUCGCGGAAAACGCUUUGCCGACGCACUUGGUGAAUCGCGCGAGCGCGACGGAGGACGCCGAGCGCUUCGCGAGCGCGGCGUCGAUUCGCGCGGCUUUCGGUGGCGACGUCACGCUGCCGAUCGCUGUUUUAUUGACGAACAAACCGUCGACGUCGGCGUUGUUGAAAUCCAUCUCUCACGCUCUCGAGGGUCGCGUGCGCUUCAUCGAGGCGGUGUACGAGGGCGACGUCGCGCCGCAGUUGCCCGGCGCUCCCGAGGACGCGCGACUCGUCGUGUACCCGACCGACGUUUCUGCGACGCCGAUUCCCUUUGAGAGCGCGUCGAUGAAGCGCGAAGUGGUUUUGGAGUUCUUGACCGAGCACGCCGGACCGGAGGUGGAGUUGAAGAUGGAAACCAUCGACGCGACGCCGAAAAAGGAUGGGCAAAAACAAGACUUUUCGACGUCUCUUUUCAAGCCUGCGCUCGCGAAAGAUUUCGAAACCGACGUGCUGUCGAAUCACAAGCGUAUUCAGGUGGUCGCGUUCACGAAGGCUAGCGACGAGUGCGUCGAACUCGUCGACGCCUUACCCAAAAGUUUCCACGAGUACGAAGGCGUCUUUGAUUUCCGAGAAGUCAUCGCGCGAGACGACGACGAAGCCGCACGGGCUUUGGUGACGAAAUUCGGAUUGUUCAAGUCCAAAGAUAAGUGUGCGGAAUUGGUCAUGUUCCCAUCGACCGAUGACGAAGACGACGAUCGCGAUCCGAUCGUUUUCAAGCCAUCGGUCGCGACUAUUGAAGGCUUUGCUCCCGACGCCGUCGGGCGAUUCUUUCUCGACAACGUCGUCGACACCACCAUUCCUGUCACGGCUAAGAACAUCGACAGCGCGUUGUUUGGCGUCGCGUCCAUGGCGCCCAAAGUAUUGCUGUUCGCCGAUGAGAGCGAUGAGACGUCUCGAAAGGUGCUUCACCUGAUGUCUGCGGUGCAGAAAGAUUUCAUCUACGGCGUUACGUCGGACACCAGCGAGGCGUUGACGGAGCAGUUCCAGAUCAAGACUCGACCCGCGCUCGUCGUGGUAUAUCGCGAAGCCGAUAAAAACUCCGACGAAGAGGGUGGCAUGCGCAUGUCGGUUCAAAAGUACCCCGUCGAACAGUUGAUGACGCCCAUCGUCAACUCGUGGUUGCAGCAGAUUCGAGACCACGUCAUCGGCGUCGACAAGGACGCACUGGUCUCGAUGCCGAUGACCGUGGAUACAUCGGCGGCGCUCGACGAACAAUGCGCGGCAAAAGGUGGUUUGUGCGUCGUGGCGUUCAUCAAAGACGACAACGCGGAGCACAAGAAGAUUAUCCACGCCGUCGCCAAGGCGCUGUACGGCAAGCCGUAUCAUUUCGCCAUCGUCGAUCCGACCAAGCAGCGCACAUUCUCGAGCGUCUUCGACGUGAACAAUCCAGUGGAUUAUCCCACUGUGACUGUACUGGCGAUGCGCACGUCGCGUUACGCCACGCACAAGGGCGCUUUCGACGAGAUUGCAGUUCGAGACUUUUGUACAGACAUUCUCGGCGGCAAGGUGAAGACGUGGAGGUUUCAAGAGAUGCCGAAGCUGGUCGAAGGUGGAGAGACGGUGGAGGAAAUCGUCGAGGAAGAAAUCGUCGAGGAAGAAUUCGAUUUGAGCGAUAUUAUGAGCGAGGAAGUCGAAGGCGAGGCCGCGCUGUCACGUGAGGACCUCGCCCAGAGAGCGCAGGAGGAACUCGAGACGCAGGCGCGCCUCGACGCCAUCUUAGCGGAGGAGGCGAAGCUCAAAGAAGAGGCUGCCAAGAAGGCGAAAAAACGCAGAAGAAAGAAGAAGAAGAGCAAAAAGUCCGAGCUCUGAUCGUACCGUUAUUCAAUACGCGAAAGCGCGAAACAAU